CCAUUUAAAUUUGAUCCAGAGUCUUAAGGCUAAAAUUCCAAACACAAAUAUGCCAAAAACUCCUUUGGCUUUGACAAAGAUGAUAAUUUUGCACACGGAGUAAUGAAAUGAGGCAUUUCAAUCUGUUAAUAUGGAAAAGUCUGCAAGAAGAAUGGGUUGGUAAGGAGAAAGAGAACAAAUGGGUGGGCAGCAACCAAAGCUGACAAACUGUCCCAACCAAGAAUAUGGAAAGGCAAUCACAUGGCUUGCCCUCACAAUAUAUGUCCUAGUUAGUACUAACUAUAAAAUAAAAAUCGUUCCAUGGAGUACAGCCUCCAUUUCCAAUGUGAGGAGAUUUGUCUUCACAUAUUGAUUUAAGUUCUGCUAGUACAAACUGAAUUACACAAUACGUCUUUUUUUUUAAUGAUAUUAUGAUGGUAUAAGAACUAUUUUUCUCCCAAUUUUGUAAUUAGAGAGGUGCUGUCUAUUCUUCCUUUUUUUUCUUUUUUUUUUUCUUCUCUUUAUUUCAUGGGAUUAUCUUCCGAAUGUAUUUGAAAAAAUGUAUGCUUUUUUCCUUUAGCUCAUAAGCUGAUUUAUCAAUUUCCUUUCUUCAGGAACCUCGAUUGAUCAAGGCAUUGCCUAUGUGCUGAUGUUUGUGGCUUUGGCGCUUACUUAUCUCAUCCACAGCUUCAGUUUUUUUUAAGUUACUCUCUGGAAUUCCCAGAUAAUUUAGACUAGUGCUGCACAUGGGGAUUUUUUCUUUUUUUUUUUUAAAUUGAAUGUGGGGGUGCAUUUGUUUUGAGAGAUUGAAUGGAAUGGAGAAGGGCUUUUGCUCAUCAUUCUUUUGUUUCUUUCUUCAUUUCUUGAAUUCCUUUGCUUUCUCAUUUCCUGCUUCUUUUUAAGCUGUUCUUUAAUUGUCUCUAUGUAAAUGGUAUGGCAAAUAUAUUUGUUUUGUGAUGCUUCUUUAAUCUUUCUGGUAGUCUCUUACUUUCUUCACUGUAAUCCUUGAUAACAUGCAAUGUGAAAUUG